ACGCGCUGCGCUCGCAACCUGUUCACGCACGGCGCUGUUUCUUUCUCGCCGCCCGACUCGGGCACCGCACAGGGGGCGGGACAGGAGCAGCGCUCGGCCGGUCACCGCGGACAGAGACUCCCCCUGUCUCCGCCUUGGCGUUCGGGUUCGGUGGCGGGGGCCAGUUCAGUCGGGCCCGACCGCAGCACCGCUGGAUGCUCCAAGCCUCUCUGAAAAUGGAGUCAGACUGGGCAGAGAGGACCAUUGCUGUGUCGGGCUUCCCUGAUGAUAAGUUCUCUGACGCAAUCAUGACUGACAAACUCACCAUUCAUUUCUUAAGGCCGAGGAAUGGGGGUGGUGAGGUGGAAGAUGUCAUCUAUCCAACUGAUAUCCCUGGUGUUGCUUAUGUUAUAUUUGAAAAGAAGGAAGUUAUGGAUAGCGUCCUGGGACGUGAUCAGCAUGUGUUCGAAGACAAACUGCUCCAAAAGAAAUAUCCAUUGAAAAUCGCACAGAAAAGCCCGGAUGUCUUUUCAGCUGUCGCAGUUGAUGUGGACUUCUCAAUGUUUGAGAACAGUUCGAAAGUGGAAGAUGUUUGUAGAGCAUUUAGAAGCAACAACAGAAACUUACAGUUUUCUCAGAGGCACGAUGGAAAGCUUCAUGUUUCGGGCUCCUUCUCUGCGUUGAAAGAACUUAGAAAAGAACUUCAUAAAACAAUAGGUGAACGCCGAGGAAUUAAUUUCCAAGACUCCACAAUGAAAGCUGGAAUAGAUGACUCAGAAGGGAAGUCUGGAAUGUCUCCGCAUAAUUAUGCAACAUGGUCAGUCCAUCAACAGUAUACAGCAUCACCGAAUUAUGGAGACAGGGAUACCUUGGAUCCUGCUGAAUUCCAGGAGGAAUCAACGAUUAUUCUAGAUGCAGAUAUUUUUUCAUACAUUGAUAAGAUUUGUAAAAAGCAGUAUGAACAGUUACUUAGUGUUAAUUGUGUGAAUGCCAAACCAGUAAACCACGAUAAUAUAACAUUUCUCCACCUAUUUGAACCUAGUAGAUUGAAACCAUCUGAUCUGAAACUGGCAAAGUACGAAUUGGAAAUGCUCAUCAGCAAAAUGCAGAAAAUCCUAGUGAUUGAGAGAAUAAGACUGGACGGAGACAGACUGAAGAGCAAGACAUUAACGGCAUGUAAAACAAUCAUGCAGACCUUCGAUGCUGUUCUUGUUCGCUUCAGUGAUGAUUAUGUGACACUUAUAGGAAACCAAGAUGAUUGCAAACAAUUCAUAAGGAAGGUGGAUGAGAUGGUGCGGUCAGAUCUUAAUCGAGCACCAUAUGUAUACCCAAGUCACCUGACAUCAACUGAAAGCAUGCAUCAGUUUGCUCAGAGUAUGGGUUCAGACUCUGCACGUGCAUCGAAUGUGCGCAGGCCCUUUGACAGCACCCUGCCAUGCAACUUCAAUGGACAUAUGACGGACCAGAGUGGCAGGUUCCAACGUCCCAAGAGUGUUCCUCAUGGGAAGCAGGAAAGUUCGUCUGAUUGUGCAGGUGCAUCAUUACCCAGUGAAUGCCACAGAAAACAGACGGUCAAGAACAGUUCUAAGGUCUGAUCGACCAGUGUGCACUACUGAGCGAGUGGCAGUCAUUUCUUUGAUUGGGUAAACUGCAGGUUAAUUUUGUGUUUGUGGAUGGCAUAAUUUUUCUAAAAUACAUGGGGGGAGGAAAAAAGAUAAUUCAUUUGCAAUUGUUAUUUUCUCAGCCUGGUGCACCACAUGCCAGUUUCAAUGCAUGCAUUGUGAACUCAGUCCAUUUCACCUUUCUGUCUGUCUCCAUCUCAGGAGACAGAUUAUCAACCGACACCAACUGCAAAUCCACUGACUACGCCUCUUCCCACCCAGUUGCUUGUAAUGAUGCUAUUCCCCUCUCUCAGUUCCUCUGCUUUCACAGCGUUUGUUCUUAGGAUGAGCUGUUCCAUUCCAGGACAUCCAAACCUUUUUUUUUCCAGAAAAUGGGAUUUCUCUUCCACUAUUAUCAGUGGUGCCCUCACCCAUAUCUCCUCCAUUUUCUGCAUGUCUGCCCUCACCCCAUUAACUCUUCCCAAUGUAAUAGUGAUUGAGUUCCUCCUGUCCUCACCUACCACCCCACAGCUAAUCAUACAUCGCAAACUCUGCCAUCUCCAGUGGGUUCCCAACCCCCCCCCACUCUGCUUUCCACACAAAUCGUGCUUGUCAUAAUUCUCUUGUACUCGCGUUCCUCCUCACCGACCUCUUCCAGGCAUUUAUCCCUGCAACUCUGCUAAGUGCUACACCUGCCCCUACACCUCCCUCUCACCACUGUUCUGGCCCCUAGACAGUCCUUCUAGGUGAGGCGGUACUUCCCCUGCGAGUCUCUUAUUUUGUGUAGUUUAUUGAAUCUGGUGCUGCAGACAUGGCCACCUCUACAUCAGUGAGAACUGAUGCAGAUUGGGGGUUUGCUUUGUCAGUCAUCUUCGCUCCACCCACAGCAACAGCCAGGAUAUCCAGUUGCCCACCCAUUACAAUUCCGCUUCCCAUUCCCACACUGACGUGCCUGUUCUUGGCCUGCUGUGCUGCCGCAAUGAGUCAGGUGCUGGUUGGAGGAGCAGCACUUCAUAUUCCAUCUUGGUAGUCUGCAACUUGACAGAAUCAGCAUUGAUUUCUCGUAACUUCUAGUAACCACUCCCCUUUUUUCCUUCCCCAUGUGCACCCUUUUAUUUCCCCUCACUCCAAUGGAUUGCUCAUCCGUUCUCCUCUCCUGCUCUCACAAGCUGCAUGUCUCAUCAUCAUCUUCCCUCCAUGCCAUCGUUUGCAGUCCUUUCCUAUCAGAUUCCUCCUUGUUCAUUUCUUUGCUUCUUCUACCUCUGACCUCCUAGCUUCUCACAUCAUUCUCUUUCAUACCUCAACCCACCUACUGUAACCCUCUCACCUGGACUCACCUAUCACCUGUCAGCUUGUGCUCCUCUUCCCCCACCCUACUUUUUUAAUUUAUUUGGGUUUUCUGUCGCCUACCUUUCCAGUCCUGAUGAAGGGCCUCUGCCCAAAAUGUCAACUGUUCAUUUCCCUCCAUAGAUGCUACUUCACCCGCUGAGUUCCUCCAGCACGUGUGUGUUGCUCAUGAUUUCCAGCAUCUGCAGAACUUAUUGCCUUCAUAGUUAUAUUCCAAAAUGGGUUAGGAAGCUGACACUUCUAUGUAGAAGCUGUGCGACUUGUUGACAACUGGCAAUCUUGGAUCUGGUGUAACACACACAGUAGGUCAGGCAUCAUCUAUAUACGACCCCUCCAUUGGCUAGGGUCGACCAUGGAUGUGACGUCCCUGCUAUCUACGUGAUACACAAGCCAGGGCAGUUCAAUAUGGAGAGCAAGCUGUUGCCCAUGUAGCAAGCUCCCCUUCUCCACGAGGCUGAUGAAUACAAAGGAACGGCAGAGACCGAUACAGUUUGGCACCAGCAGAGUCACAGGAGUUGCCAGUCCACAUGGCACUCAGUGUAGGAUUGUCUUAGGGACUCCAGCUCUGGAUUUCCCCUUGGGGUUUACUCCUGAAGCCUUCCCUUCCCCGUAAGUGGGUAUAGAUGCAAGGCAGCAGAGGCCGAGUUUUUCUUCUCCAGGAUGAGCUACCAAUUAUGACUGACAAGCCCCAUCUGCCCAAAGUGACUGGUUUUAAGGCACCAGUAACCCAUAUCUGCCCCUUCUCCUGUCUGUGGAAAUGGUUCUGCCAGACUUAGCAGCUAAGACACAUGUGAAGACCAGGAGCUGGACUUGGUGGUCAGAGGCAUUUUGAGGUGGACACCAUGGGAGCAUUUAAUAGGUAGUGAGAGCUUGUUCCCUUUACCCUCCCUGGCUUUAACAACUUCAAGGAACCAGGUAGAUUUAUGGAGAGGAAUAAACAGUUGCCCUUUCGGCAUAAGACCCUUCAUCAGAAUAUUGCUGAGUUCCUCCAGCAUUCUGUGUGUGUGUUACUCUGGACUUACAGCAUCUGCAGAAUCUCUUCUGUUUUUAUCUUACAGCUGCUGCACUAUGUCCCUUGUACAAAUGGAUCGUCCAAUAUGGGUUUACAAUGAAUUUACUUUAUCUCAAGUUGCCCACUGUGUAUUGUAAUUUCCAACACUAGGGUUUCGAGAAACUGCAAACGUUUUCUGAAUUGUAAUGAGAUUAUAAUUCUAAAAGUAGAAAAUCAUUUGCAAUCUGCACCUUUAAAAAAGAAAAUAGUUGUACAUAUUGUUUCUAGAUUCAGAGUGCUUAUUAUUAGGAACAUACUCUUCUUAGGCUUCCAGCCGGCUACAGGUAUUGGCUUUGACGACAAACUCUGCCAUUUUCAUUAGGGAUGAUGCCUAGGUAUGUCUUAUCCCCAUCCUUCAUCCUUCCUUGUUGGAUAGUCCUCAUGCAGUCAGGUUUCCACUGUCCCACCUUGUUUACAGAUGAAUUUCAGUUCUUACUUAGAGUGAGCUCUUCGUUAAAAUUCUUUUCUUCUAGUUUUAUUUAAAUGGCUUCCUUCAGCAGGCCAUCCCAAAUGCCACUGGCGUGGCACAGUAGUUUUGUGCCAUCAAAGUCAAUCCUAAUGCAAUGUUUUACUACCACCGAUUUCUCUGGGUAACCCAAAAGGAUACACCUCCUGUGCUCCUUAAUGUGGGUUUCCACCGUGCUGAUCUACACUGCUCCGCAUUCACGGGGAAUCCUGCAAACGCAAGCUGACCUGAGUCCCAGGUCAUUUUUGACCUGCAUGAGCUAUGAUUUGAGCUUCUUUACAGGUUUGUGGCUGGUAUUAAUCUGGAACUUCUUCAGGCUCCUGGCAAUCCUUCCAGAAACUGGAAAUAUAAGCUGGAGCAACGGGUUCCUCCUCAUUGUUAAGUUUCCUGUUUUUUUUCCCCGUUGGCCCUUUUAAGAACCCAAUUGAUUUCCUUCACCUUGUAACCAUUCUGAGGGAACAGAAUACCAGCAGACUAGACAUGCCCAGGCAUCAUCCCUGAUGAAGAUGGCAGAGUUACAUUGGUUAAAGUUAAUACCUGUAUCCAGCUGGAAACCCAAGAAGAGUUUAUUUGUCAUAAAUGCUGGGAAUGCACUAGAUCCUUUUUUGCUUAUUAUUACUUUAAAUAAAUUCACAGUCUUAUACUUUGCUUGCAACGUAUUUUUGUAAUUGGUAACAUCCAAGCAUAAUAGGAAGGAAAUCUUAUUAAUAAUUUAAUUUUAAGAUUGAAACCUGAUUUUGAUUUUUGAUUUGAAGCCAGACCAGUGGGAAUUCCAUGUUAUGUAAAUUUCCUCAUGUGGUAGUGAUUGUGCAAUGAUUAGAAAGGAAUAUUUUAUAAAUAUUUAAAUAUGAAAUGUUUUGUAAUUGUUGAACUAAAUUUCCCUAAUAAGGAAAAUAAUGCUCACUUUAAAUGGCAGGUUUCAUUAUGGAAGACGUUCAUUAUCGUUAUGGGGGUGUGAAAUCAAGAAUCUGUAUUUGUAAUCUAAUGAACCAUAAAAUAUCAUAUAAAGGUUUUAUCAGUGCUCAGUGUUGUGUGUUCCAUUGUGGCAGUUUAUUCAAAUUCAUUAUUAGAUUAACUGUGUGGCAGUCAUGCCCACAAUAGCAGAGUGGUUAUCACAAUGCUUUAUAGUGUCAGCGACCUGGGUUCAAUUCCCACCGUUGCCUGUAAGGAGUUUGUAUGUUCUCUCUGUGACCUUAUGAGUUUGCUCCCACAGUCCUAAGACGUGCCAGUUGGUAGGUUAAUUGGUCAUUGUAAAUUGUCCCAUGAUUAGGCUAGGGUUAAAUUGGGGGUUGUUUGGCGACAUGGCCUGAAGGGCCUAUUCCAUGCUGUAUCUCAAUAACUGAUAUUAAAAAAUCUGGCAUGGCCUUGGGAAGACCAGAUUGAGGGUAAGAAAGCCAAAUACCAGAGCUGGUGGAACAGUACCAGAGACGGGUGGAGAGCACAAUGCAAGUCUAUCGAGGUGGUUUGUAGAGGUUUUGCUGGCCACCAUUCCCCAAUCUCCACAUACAUUCUUUUUAGCUGAACACAUGUAGACAGCUUUGGUUGUGCAGUUUGUUUUCUGUCCUAGCCCUACAUAAUUUAUUUAUAGUUUAGUUAAUCAAUUAAACCUUUGAGUACUUUUGAUUGAAUACAUGGAACUUUUUAAUUUUUCAUAUUCCUCGUUUGUAAUUGGAUCUGUUAAAUCCAUCAGUUCACAAGGACACAUUUGUAUUUGCAAAACAAAACUAUUGAUCAGAAUCAGGUUUAAUAUCACCUGCAUAUGUUGUGAAAUUCAUUGACUGCAGCAGCAGUACAAUGCUGUUAAGAGUGAUUUUUGUGUUUAGGACACACACAUUUAGAAGUUGGCUUUGGCUACCAGUCUUCACAUCUGAAUAUAUAUUGUGGAUUUAAUUUGGUGUGCAGCUCUGAACAAUGAGUUCUUAAAAGCUGUGAAUCUCAGACCAGAUAAUGCUGAUUAAAAUUCAUUUGGAUGUCUGUGGUGUGGAUGUGAAUCAGGAGGUGUGAGGAUUAUAUGUUGUUUGAAAGAAAGCAUUAUCAAUACAUUGUAUAUAUGGAAUUGCCCCUUGAUGUUUGGCACAUAAAAUAUGGAGCCCCACGUUGAGGCAGCGAGACCUUUUGACCAGAAACGCCUCCUUAUGGUGCUGCU